AUGACACCCUGUCCAUGUGGAAAACCUUGCAAAAAAGAACAUUGUUUAAUAGACUUGCAAGAGUUUUAUGAUGUGGUGAAAAAGUUGUCCAAUGAUCAUAUUAUUAAGGGGGUCCUAGUGUAUGUAACUGAGAAAUAUUUAUUGAAUUCAGUUGAAGAUAUUGUUUUCUUGAAUUAUUUCAAAGAUGUACAACCUAAUGUUCCAUAUGCUCUUGGAGGCUGUAUAGUAGAGGAUACAAUGUCUGAGCGUAGUGAAAUUAAUCUUCUAGUUGAUAACAUAAGUGAAGGGGCUGAUUUCAUAAGUGAAAACUUGCUUUCUAUUGGUUUGUUCAUGGUUCCAAAGACCAACAGUAGUUCCGAUUAUCACUUUGAAAUGUACUCUUUUGUUAUUGAAUCAUCAGAAUGGACAAAACAAAAGAUUCAACAAGAGGUAUCAAAGUUUUCAGCCAAAGUUCCACGAUUUGAGCAUAGUUUUGCCUUAAAACUUUCAUGUGUGGGUCGAGAUCAGAAGCAUGCCCUAGAACAAGAUAGUUUCCGCGCGGCUUUUCCCAACACACCAAUAGUUGGUUGUUAUGGCAACGGUGAACUUGGAGUACAUCACCCUGCAAGACCAAAGACAGAAUCAUCUCCUAGUGCAAGA